GGGCCAGGGCCUCUGACCGCGAUCCAGACCUUGUGCGAAGGGAGGUUUGGCGUGUGUAGGAGAAGCGUCAGAGGUAUAGUUUCGGACCACCAAGGGCGGAGGGACGGAGGAACGACUGCGCGGGAGCGCUGGCAGCGCCUGGAAUCCCGCCCGCGCGGUUUCGGGUGCUCCCAGCUAGGCUCUGGCUGCACCCUAGACAAACUUCUCGCGGAGCUCUAGCGGCUCAGUGGUGCAUGGUGCGCUCGGAUGAAUCGGGCGGCCUCGCCUGGAAGAAGCGGGGCAGUGGGUGAGACAGCUCCCGGGAAAACGCACUGCCCUCUAAUCAUGGCGAUGCCUCGUGCGAAUCAUUCCAGGGUUGUUCAUAUUUUAUUUCUCCUGUUGGAACCCGGGACGCUGGGAGGAGUGUUCUGUGCCUCUCAGGUCACAGUCUCCUCCCUAGACGGAUUUAUAGAACAGCUUCUACUCCCCAGAUGUAUGUGGGGGCAACGGCGUUCUGCCAAAGCUGCUGAAUCUGUAAACUUUUUUGUUGUUGUUGUUGCAGCCAGGGUCACUGGAACCUGAAGGGGUUCAGAUCGCCUCCCUCAAGAGCCGUUCAGGUUCGAGAGGGCGAGCUGGGGAGGGUGGACUCGGAGCUUGUGCUGGUUGCGGAGCGUGGAGCGGUGCUGGUCCCUGUCGGGCAAAGGCGCGCACUGCAGCAGUCAGAUGCAGCGGCGCGCGGCUUUGAAGGCUUCCUGGCACCCCCUGGCUAGGCCGGCUCAUUUCCGCCUCCCAGGCCUAGGUGCUGGGAGAAGAACUCAGCACCACCGCACCCCGCCCGUAUGCAUCGAGGUGCAGAGAAUAUUAUGAGCCUUUUGAUUGAGAAAUAAGAACCGCUUCAAGGCCGUGGCUUCGGAAAUUCUGUUCUCAAGUCGGGUUAUGAGUUCUCUUCCAAAGGGACAGUGGGACUGGGAUUACCAUCACGACCUCUGCCCACUGCUUCCUUGGGGCCUACUGGUCUUUGGGGGUGAGCAGUUAGGCGUGUGUGUGUGUGUGUGUGUGUGUGUGUGUGUGUGUGUUGUGUGUCAGAUUCUUGCCUCUAGAAACCCGGUCGCCUGCCGAGACCCUAGCCGCUGGCCCCAUUUCACCUUUGUGGUCACUACCUUCAGCCCCCUCCAGCGCAAAUCCCCGGUCACUUUUCCAGGCCCAGUUAGCUGCAGAGAGUCUGGAGAAUUCUCAAAACAAGAGCAGAGAAGCAAACUGAGCCCGGCCCCAUCUCCACUCAACUUUCUGAAUUCGGAUGGGAUGGAGAAUCAAAAUACAAAAGGGACUGACCUGACAGAUUAAAAGCGCUCUCAUCCCAGCCUCGCCCUCCCUGUGCACUGUCUUUUUAUUAUUGUCCGGAGUUGCCCAAAUCUUGAGGAGCCUUAUCCGGCCGUGAAAACCACUCUCCUCACCAUUCCCAGGACGCCGCUGAUUAAAAACUCGCGGGCCGUGGAAUCCAACGCCUGGAUUCACGUCCGGGUUCAGAGCUGAGCCUCAGAGCUCUCAUCUUCGGGGAUUGGGGGAAAUGAGCUGCUUCUAGCAAGACUGAGAAGGGUGAACGCACGGUGCAGUCAGGUGCCUGGCUGGGAUGCGGGGGGUCUCCCUAAUUGUCAUCUGUGGUCAUUGAUUGUAUCUAUCGAUACUUCUACCCUACCUUCCCUCCUCCUGGGUUGAGGACCCUGGGGCCCUAAUGGCAGGCCACAACUAGAGCCCUUCCCGGCGGAACCCGACAGAGCCCCAGGCGGCUCGGGGUUUUGUGAGAUCAGACAGGCUUGGGGCCGGUUGGGAGGAGCUGGCAGGAAAAUAACUGAACCCUUCAUAUCAAGCGGUUUUAGGCGCACCUGGGGCGGGUUUUGGAAAUCCCCACAGGAAGAUUCACACAGUCUCUUAGGUGAUGGCCCUCCACCUGCCCUGAUCCUUUCGGUUGACUCUAGGACGCGGAACGAGGCCGCGGUGCAAACUUCGCGCUGCGCCUGCGGCGGGGAGCUCAGUUAGGAAGCUUCGGGUCGGAUCGGCUCCGGGCCAGCCGCAGCGCCGGGCGGCUGGACUGUCCGAGUGGGCUUGGUCAGGGUUCACGAGGAGGGACUCUCUUCAGCCUUCGGAGUCAGUCCUCUAAACCCACAGGCAGCACUGUAGGGAGCCAGAGGGGCAAAGCCCGCAGCGGUGACCCGGGAGGAAUCAAUUGCUAAUUUGGGACCUGAUGCCGAGGACCCUGGAGGGGCAGAUCACCAUGGAGAAGACGCCCAGCUACUUCGUCACUCGGGAGGCGCCCGCGCGCAUCUCGGCCAUGUCCAAGGACACCAAGCUCAUCGUGGUGGUGCGGGACCCGGUGACCAGGGCCAUCUCGGACUACACGCAGACGCUCUCCAAGCGGCCCGACAUCCCCACCUUCGAGAGCUUGACGUUCAAAAACAGGAGCACCGGCCUGAUCGACACGUCGUGGAGCGCCAUCCAGAUCGGCAUCUACGCCAAGCACCUGGAGCACUGGCUGCGCCACUUCCCCGUGGGCCAGAUGCUCUUCGUGAGCGGCGAGCGGCUCAUCAGUGACCCGGCCGGCGAGCUGGGCCGCGUGCAGGACUUCCUGGGCCUCAAGCGCAUCAUCACCGACAAGCACUUCUACUUCAACAAGACCAAGGGCUUCCCCUGCCUGAAGAAGGCCGAGGGCAGCAGCAAGCCCCACUGCCUGGGCAAAACCAAGGGCAGGACCCACCCCGAGAUCGACCGCGAGGUGGUGCAGAGACUGCGCGAGUUCUACCGGCCCUUCAACCUCAAGUUCUACCAGAUGACCGGGCACGACUUUGGCUGGGAUUGAACGGACUGUACCUGUGACGUUUAUCAUGUGGUUUAUAUAUUACAAGAGAUUAUAUGUAUGUAAAAUGUACAGAAAUCUAUUUUAUAAUAAUUUAUUUUUAAUUCAUAAGCAAUUAAUUCACUAAGCUGCCUAGCCACACUCUUUAGAGAGUUAGCUUCAUGAUCUGUUAACAUUCCAAAGUGUUUAAUUCUGAUGUUUUGCUCUAUGCCUCACAAUUGAUGGUGCUUCCAUUUUUCCCCUUUCCCUCCCCAUUAUAUUUAAAAAGAAGAAAAGCACAACUUGAGAUUUUUUUUGUUACGGGUAUUCAGCCUUCAGUUGCUGUCCCAGUUCUCUGGUUGCUGUCUGCUUGCGUCUGGGUCUCCGUGCUCCAGCUUCCAGUUUUUGCUUGCGAACCUCCUAAGAGCUCUGAGCUGCCUCCACUGUGCUAUAUUCUGAAGUCAGACCUCACAUAGCAGCUUCCUAAUCCAUGUGUAAUCAUUUCCAAGGAGGGAGACUCCAAACCACCGUGCUGAGGGUUUCCCUCACCUCUACCGAGCAUGUGGGGCACCCCCCCCCAUGCAGUGUUGUCGGUAUCCUUUUAGAGUUCGAAUGACAGGGCCCAUUUCCUUUAGCCUUCGAUGUUGAAGGAUGGCCCAUCAUCCCCUUCUGUCCUAUCCUUGGUCCAUUAACAGCUUGAUGUGUGUGCAAAUGUUAGUCCCUUUCCCAGGCCACAUGCUUGGGUGCUGCUUGAGAAAUAAAGGUGAUCUUUUCUAAUUUGCAUGAGCGUGCACCGUGCUCUUUUCUCCAGGCAGACAGUUCUGCUGUGACACACCAAAGAAUUCCAUAGGCUUGCAGAGCCACUGGCACAAACCCAAGGAAGGCACUGGAUAUUGGGACCUAUAGGGGUCAGGUGCAUCUCUUGCCAUCAGCAUCUACCAAGCUGUGGCUAGGUGCAGAGCUGUUGCUAGGUGUAGGCUCACAGCCUCACAAAGGAGAAAAGACAAAGACUCAAAACUGGAAGGCAGCCUGGCAGAGGAAGGAUCUCCCUGCAUCCCAGAUUGCUGUUGCUUUGGGAUUUGUAGCGCCUCUCAGAAUGACCAUGUGGCCUGUAGAUAAUUCCAGUAGCAAUAACGAGGAGUGGCCCUUUUAAAGGCAUAAAAGCUAGUCCCAUGUCCUGUAGUCUUUGGGCCAGAAACUUGUACAGCUGUCCUGUUUCAGCUUCCUGUUCAGAAGAGAUGCCAGCAUCGUUACUACUGUGCAGAAGGCUCUCCCCAUCCCUCUGUGGUGCAAGUGCAGAUAGGGAUCAUUUAUGAUGAGCAGCUGGUGGCAACUGGAUAACCAUAUAGUGACAUCAUAUAAUGACUUAUUUAGCUAAUCUUCAGUUCUCUAUACCAGAGUACUUCUGUUACAAAAAAAAUUGUUAUUUGAGCUAUACUUUCCUCAAAGAACAUGUGGGAAGAUGUACUGAUUGUCAAACUUGUGAUAUUUAUAGAGGAAGCCUUUGUAUGUUGAGCAGGACAACUUGACCGAAUGGGUAAGAAAAGUUAUAUGAAAAGAGGAGAGAAUCAUUUAUAUCUAGAAACUAAUCCAGAGAUGUUACUGGUCUUUAAAGUGACAUUUUGAUAAUCUGGUUUGUAUUUGUCCACACACUUUAGCCCAACUCUUAGCAGCAAAAAUAUCUGGACAGGUUGAGUUUAGGGAGGAAGGUGAGCAGAGGCGCUGUGUAUUCCCUAGGUGUUGUAUCAAUUUUAUAGAGUGUUUUUAUUGUCUUUACAAAAUGAUGUGGAACCUGCACUUCAGGGCAACACGUUAUCAUAGUGCAUUCUCCAGUCUUGCUGCUCGGGUGUGAAUGACACCCACAUAAGGGUGCUAAUAAGUUGUGCAUUUUCUGUUUGGCAGGCUCACCUACAAUCAAAGUGUGAACACUUCUUUUCAGUUAGAGCAUAACCUUGCUUUGAAGUAAGGCAGUAUCCAAGUCCUCCACCAAAUCUUGCCCUGUUGACUUCCUGGCCACUCUCAUGGUCUAACCGGACUCAAGAUAUAAUUGGAUUCAUGGUGUAGACUUGCAGAAUAGUCCGGAGAAGGUUGUGCAACAACCAGAGGAAAGCAUGUAUGAGCUUUUGCUUCCUCUUCAGGUCCCUGACCUACUUAACUGGACAAGUUUUGAUUGUUUAUUCCCAGCUUUACAAUAAAACUGAAACAGGAAAUGUUCAGAUAGGAAGGUCAUUUAGGCAUGAACACUGAAGUGGCUCAAAAUUCUAUUCCAGGCGAAAGUCCUUGAAUUCAAACAGAUGUCGAUAAUUAGCACUGAUGGAAUAGGACACAUUUUUCCAAGUAAGACAAAUAAAUGAAACAUCACGUGCAUCUCUUAGGCUGCGAUAGAUUGUAGCUCCUGAUUGAUCUGGGUGAUGCAGCUGCUGGAGAUUAUCCCUUAUCAUGUGAUAGUUAUUACAGCCCUGCCUGCCUUCUUGGAAAGUCAGGCAGCACAGAAGAUUGAAUCUUGGGUUUCUUCCUCUGCUAGCCAUCUGUAAGGCCAUCAAGUUUAAUAGUUUAGCUGCUAGAAGACAAACACCACGUCAUGUUUUGGCAAUUAAUUCCAACACAUGUUUUGGGUUUCUUUCAUUUUAAAGAAAAAGCCCUGGUAUUCACUGGAAUGCUUUAUUCUCAGUUUUGUUCCUUUCCUCAUUUAAGAACAAGAAAAAAAGAUGAACAAAAGAGAGGUAAUUUCUGUCUGUCGACCAUUUCCUUUGAGGUGUUUGUGUAUAGUCAACUGUUAACAGAAUAGGUAGUGCCUGGAAAGGUAUUUUAAGACUAUGUAAUAAGUUCUUAAUUGGAUGAUUGAGGAGGAGAAAUUGUCUAAUUCAUGGGAUUCUCUUUAUGAGUCAUUUUGAGUGGCAGAUAAAUUUAGACCUUUGGAGAAACACACUUACAGAUGCUUCUGGGAUGUUCUGGUAAGAAAGGAAAAUGGAAGUUUCUAAAGAGUUGGGAACACUUUAGUAUGUUUCUAAGAUGCUGAUGUGGAAGUCAAUAUUGUUUCUUUUUUCAUUUUCUCAAUAAGAAUGUUUAAUACAAUUUAAAGGUGUGCUUAGAUUUCCUUUCACUUUUGUAACAUUAAUUUAUGACUGAGUUUCUUUCAGCCCCAUAAUCUAAAAUACUGUGCAAAUUCUAGCAGUGUGUCUUCUAUAACCUGGAUGUUAGAAUAGCCAAUAUGUACAAAAAAUUAAAUCAAGUAUUUUGUUCUAUGUAUAACACAAAUUAAUUUUACACAGAGAAAGAUGUUUCU